UGUUGCUGCUGCUGUAUGUAGAUAAGUUGGACACUUUGAUGACAUUUGUGUUUGAUAUUCUUACAAAUUACUACUCCCCCUUCCCCUCCCCCCUCCUGCCUGUGGGCUCCCUGGGGCAGACGAACUCGUGUGGACGCAAGUGAUCGAAGACGAUAUUCUCGCUCGUAUUCUCAGUGGUCGUUCAGGCAGAAGAUAAUGCUUAAAUACGUACAACGCUGAUAUUGCCGUCUUUCGAUAAAAACGUUCUGUCGUCGACAACGUCGUCGUCGCUGUCGUAAUGGCUUGAAUAUUUAUUUGAAGAAAUUAAAACUGCCAGACAGUUAACAGCCAUUCAUUCAUUCAGGUGCUGCUAAACGGCGAGCGCGUGGCUUAGAUGCGGUAGAAUAUUUUCUACGUUUUAAGUUUUCUUUACUUGACGUUCGUUCAUUCCUUUGUUUGUUCGUCGCAUUAUCUGUCAGUCGAUAGUCGUCGUUUUGGCCGCUUGUGAAAAAAAUUAAAAAAAAAAAUAUUGAAACCCAAAACCUUAAACUCUCAGCGGAAUAUUUCGAUGAAAUUUUGAAAGAAAAAAAAACGGCAGAAGAUAAAUAAACAAAAAGGCGAAGAAACGUUUUUUUUUCGGUGGGAAUAUUUCCGUGCUAACUGUAAUUACAAUAACAACAACAUCAAAAAAAAGUUCACACCAACCCAAAGUGGUCGUAGUGAAGUGCUAAUUGAAAGUAAUUUAAGCGCUGCGAUCAGCCCACCAAGCCAGGCCCAAAACAGCCCAGCUGGCUCAAGAUUUUAGCUGUGAUAUUCAAACUAAAUGCUUCGAAACUAGUGCAAAUUAAAGUAAAUUGUUUCCAUAAAAUUCCAAAAUUUUAACUUGGCAAAAAAAUCCGAAAAAAUUGAACUGCCAAAAACCACAACCAUUUAACACCAAAUAUUGAAUUAAAAAAAAUAUUCCAUGGAAUUUUAAAGUAAAUUUUUUUCCAUAAAAAUUUUCGUGUGGAAUACCAAAAGUGACUUUAAAAAAAAACAUUCACAAAAACAACACCAAAAAAUUAGCAUUCCAAAUGGGUAAAUACUAGCCAAUAAGAAAUUUGCCAAAACACAAAAAAAAAUUCAUUCUCCCAUGAAGGCUGUGUAGAUGAAAAAAAAAACAAGUGAUAAAAAAAUUAUAUAAAAAUACAAUACAAUUUUAAUAAAAAAAAAUUAAAAAAUAAAAACAAAAAGAUUGUGAUAAAAACAAAUAUAUUAAAAUAAUAAAAAUACAAAAAUUAAUUUUGAAGCUGAAAACGGAUAAUUCUCCCUACCAACAUUUUCAAUAAGACCAUUAAAAAUUGCAUGCAAUUUGCGGCAGUGAAGUGAAGCCCAUUAUUAUGAGUGCAGUGGUAACAGCAACAAUAGCAACAACAACAACACCAAUAAUUAUUGGUCCAUAAAGGAAAUUCCAGUGGAACGACAGGAAACGGAAAUAUCAAAAUUACAACAAGGCUAUUGGGGUAUUAAAUUCCGGUGCCUUGCUACAAGCUUUACAAAGAGAGCUAGAGAGAGGAAAAUACGAAUCAAAAACUUCCCUGGGCCAUGAAUGCCACAGCAUUUGAAAAUCAUCAAACCAAUACAGCCAUGGAUCAUUGCGGCGAUAUGGCGAUGAUGGACCAGUCCAAAGAUGAAGUGGAUUUUGUUAAAGUACAAGAAAACAACAACAAUAGCAAUUUUCUAAACUUCAAAAAUGAAGUGACAACACCAACAGUGCCAAAAAGCCAACCACAAAACCCAACCAACCCAGCUAAAGUGCCAAAGGAGCGUUUAUCGUUAUUUAGUUUCUCCAAAAAAUCUUCAUCCACAAAAUCUCCAUCACCUACUUCGACAGAAAAUGAGAAAAACGAAAAAUCCAAUGCCACCACAGACAAUGGCUUUGCUUGCCAGCCACCAACCAUACCCAUUGGUACACCACCACGUCACAAAAAAUUCAGCAAAAGUUCAUCCUUCUCCCGGCUGCUGGGCAAUACCUAUAAUGCCAAAAAAUUCGAAAAGGAAGAGAAAAAACUGGUGGAGGGGAAAUUCAAUACAUUUGGGGGACGCCGUCGCUCCAGCGGUCCCUAUUUGGAGCGUUUCAAACGUUAUGCCAAAGAAGAGGGUGAUGUGGCCAAUGGCAAUCACAACAACAAAAACAAGGAAGCAUUGGCCUCUUCGAAAGAUUCAUCGUCGAAGAAAAAGGAAGACAAAUCCAAAUGCGAUACCCUAGAUCGCCAUCUAAUGGCCUUGGAGAAUUUCCAGGAACACCGCAAUGGCGGUGAUUUGAGCUCGAAGGCAAUGCGCACCUUGUCACGAGGUUUGGGCAAAUUAUGGUGGAGACGUACCCACAGCAUUGACAUCAGUUCACCGGAUCCAGAAUUCAAGGUUUCCUAUUUGGGCAAUGUUUUAACGGGAUGGGCCAAAGGUGAGGGCUGCGUGGAAAAACAGCUGAACACACUCUGGCGCAAUUAUACGCAAAACAAUAAACCCGAUGUUAUAAUGCGCCUGAAAGUAUGUGCCUCCGGCCUGAAAGCCACCACAAGACAACACGGACUAACGGAAUACUGGGCCAAUCGCAUAACACAUUGCUGUGCACCAAAGAACUAUCCGCGGGUGUUCUGUUGGAUCUAUCGCCAUGAGGGCAGGAAGCUGAAACAUGAACUGCGAUGCCAUGCGGUGUUGUGCAGCAAGGAGAAGCAAGUGCAAGAAAUCUGUGAUACUUUAAAGGCUAAUCUCGAGUGUGCUCUGCGUGAAUUUAAACGUGAAAAAAUUCUCAAACAGAAUGCCCGUCUCAGUUUGGCAAAUGCUGUCUACGAUAAUCCCAGUUUGCCGCGUCGCAAAAUUCUCUUGAGUGUGGGCAGCAACAAUUAUCGGCCUCCGCUGGAGCGCUCCAAAUCGGCACCCAAAUUAAUGGCCAUAGAAGAGGCCAUUGGUGAGGAGGGUGAAGAGGCUGAGGAGACCAAUGAGCCGGAAAUGAAACCAUGCUGUCAAAAAGAUUCUCUCUAUCCAGCCAUGACAUUGGGUCGACGACGUUGUCGUCGUGGCCAUUCCAUUAGGAGAACUGGCAAGGCCCGACCCGUUAGUUAUGCCACCGGAGAUCUGGCAAGCAGCUGUACGGGUCAACAAUGUUGCAAUGCCGAAAUCCAAACAACCAAACCAAAUGAGAACAAAGAAACUGAAAUCAAACCCAUACAAGAGGAAGAGUGCCGCCUCAAUGCUGAGGGCUCCGAUGACUCGGAUGAUUUUGAAAAGAUCCUGCAGCACAAUAACUAUGACAGCAAGGCCUCAUUGGCCAAUGAAUUGAUGCCCUAUUUCGAGAGUCAAUUACACAAGAAGAACAGCAGUAGCUGUGGUAGUCUAAGUGAUCUGAGAUGCGGUCCCGAGGAGGAGGAUGGUGAGCCAUUGAGUUUGACACCAACCAUAAAUGUGGAUCCCAAUGCUGAUCCCAUCAAUGAUUUCAAACUUAAUAACCAAACACAAUAUGAGGCCACCUCAUCACCGGGAGUUUCGUUGAGACGCUCUGGGGUUUGCAGUGAUGGUGAGGAUGAUUUCCUGGGUGAAGAGGAGGAGGAUAUGUAUUUCCGCCAGGCAGCCAUUUUGAAUAUGUUGCAUCGCCACUCCAUGCGUAAAAUGGCCAAUUUAUCUCUGAGCAGUGAUGAGGGCAGCAGUAGUUUGGAGACCCACUCCGGAGCCAGAGACUCUUCCUCCUCGAUGCGCUACAAACAUCAACAGCAGUCAUCCAUUUCCUCGGAUACCUCCACGGCCUCAUCGUUGGGCCAACAAAUGGCCGGCAAUGAUUUGGUGGGCAGCAAGAGGCUUAUAAGCAAUGACAGUGCUGAUGAGGGUUCCAUAUCGAGUGGUUGUGAAACCGCCAGCACAGUGACCAACAAUCAAGAUGAUCUAUCGCUGCAGUUUCGUCAAUCCCAGUUGCAGCAGAUUUCCUCAUCGCUACAACAUCCCUACACGGCAGAUGAUUUGGCCGAGGCCACAUCCCUGGAAUCGGAAAUCAUUGCAGACAAUAAUGAUCUGUAUAAGCAAUUACAGGGACGUAGCAAUAGCGAUGCGGCCACAACAUUUAGUAGCUCCUCUUCGAUAACCCUUAAAAUGGAUUCAUCACCAAAUAAUUCCAUUAAAGAUUUGGUCAGCGUCAUCGAAACUAAUCCAAAUUCGUUAAAACAAACCAAUUCUUUGACAUCGACGACAUCCUCGAAUCGCCCAAGAAGAACUCGACGCCAAAGGGAUACCAAACCGGAUUCCGAUUCGGAAUGCAGUGAUGAGUCCGGCUAUGUUGAGUAUCAGGAAAGGGAUAAGGGAAAUAAAACGAAAGCGGAAGCAACACAGCAACCAAAGCCACAAUUACCAACCAAGCCUCAGAUACCACCAAAACCAAUGCCCCGCAGAUUUAUCAGUGUCACCCAUUGUAGCAGUAAUAGUACUUCGGUAUAAAAUUCAUGCGAACAUAUAUAUACCUGCGAAGUUUGUAUGAAAUGUAAAAAAGGGUAUAUUUUUUAGGGCCGUUUUGAAUAGAGUAUGUCCUUCAGGCUUCCAAAGAGAAAGGAUUUCAGGGUGGAGUAAAGAAACUGAAAUCAAAUCCAUUUUUCGUUUUAAAUAAUUUGGAGGACUUGGCGAACUCUCUAUUUAAGGCCUGUUUUUGAAAGUGAAUGCGAAAGAAAAACACCCUUUCAAAUAAGUUUUUCAGAACACUUUUUUUCUAAUAUUGAAAUCCGAAAUUUGAAAUACACCUUUGGAAUCUUGUAUUUCGUUCGCAUUGGUCAUAGAAAAACAGGCCGCUAAUGGAGAGACUUGACGGAUUCUCUAUUUAGGGUCUGUUUUUGUAGGACAAUAUAAAAAACACCCUUUCAAAAAAGUAUUUCAGAAUUUUAUUUAUUUUCUAAAAUUGAAAUCAAAAUUUCGAAAUACACAUUUGGAAUUGUGUUCUUCUUUCGCAUUCCUUAUAGAAAAACAGGCUUUUACAGGAUAUACUUGACGGACUCUCUAUUUAGGGUCUGUUUUUUAUGACCAUAGGAAUAAGAAUGGGAAAGAAAAACAACCUUUCAAAUAAAUAUUUCAGAUUUUUUUUUCUAAAAUUGAAAUCAAAAAUUAAAAAAAAACAUUUGGAAUUGUGUUCUCCUUUCGCAUUCGUCAUGGAAAAACAGGCCCUUAAUAGAAAAACUGUCUACUUAGGACCGGUUUUUGUAUACCAUGCGAAUGAGGAUGGGAAAGAAAAUCAACCUUUCAAAUAAGUUUUUCAGAACAUUUUUUUUUCUAAAAUUGAAAUCAAAAAUUUUGAAACCCACAUUUAGAAUUGUGUUUUUCGUUCACGUUCGUCAUGGAAAAAUAGGCCCUUAAUAGCGAAACUUGACGGACUCUCUUCUUAGGGCCUGAUUUUGUAUGACCAUACAAAUGAGAAUGGGAAAGAAAAACGUGCUUUCAAAUAAAUAUUUCAGAUUUUUUUCUUAAAUUUAAAUCAAAGAUUUGAAAUUUGGAAUCGUAUUUUUUGUUCACAUUCGCCAUGGAAAACCAGACCCUUAAUAGAGAGACUUGACGGAUUCUCUAUUUAGGGCCUGUUUUUUUAGUAUGACCAUACAAAUGAGAAUGGAAAAAACGCCCUUUCAAAUAAGUUUUACAGAACUUUUUUCUAAAAUUGAAAUCCGAAAUCUGAAAUACACAUUUGGAAUUGUGUUCUUCUUUCGAAUACGUCAUAUAAAAACAUACCCUUAUUGGACAGACUUGACGAACUCUCUCCUUAGACCCUGUUUUCUAGUAUGACCAUACAAAUGAGAAUGGGAACGAAAAACACAUUUUCAAAUAAGUUUUUUAAAACUUUUUUCUAAAAUUGAAAUCAAAAUUUUGAAAUACACAUUUGGAAUCGUAUUUUUUGUUCACAUUCGCCAUGGAAAAACAGGGAGACUUGACGGACUCUCUCCUUAGAGCCUGUUUUUGUAUGACUGUACGAACUAAAAAAAUGGAAGGAAAAACUCCUUUUCAAAUAAGUUUUUUCAGAACUUUUUUUUCUAAAAUUGAAAUCAAAAAAAAAUGAAAAUUUGUAUUCUUCUUUCGCAUUCUUCAUGGAAAACAGGCCCUUAAUAGAGAGACUUGACGGACUCGACUGAGAAAGACAACUUAACAACUUAAGUUGAAAGACGAAUAAGAAUGGAAAAUAAAAACACCCUUUCAAAAAAGUAUUUCAGAAUUUUUAAUUUUUUUCUUAAAUUGAAAUCAAAAAUUUUGAAAAACCCACAUUUGGAAUGGCGUUCUUCUUUCACAUUCUUCAUGGAAAAACAGGCCCUUAAUAUCCCAUAGAAUCCUGCUGCUAGACAAAAAAUGAAAUGUUACAAAUUACAAAUAGCUUUUCAUCAAUCAUGUUGUUUUUGUUUCAAUAAUCAAUUUUAAAUAUUUAAAAAAAACACAAACAAACGAACUUACCCCAUGUGCUUUAAUUAUGACAUACAUACACACACAAAUAGAUAUUUUUUUAAAUACAAAAAUGUUGUUUGUUUCAAUAUUAGUUUUAAAACAAUAAACUUUUUGUUAUAAUUGUAAAAUUGAAAAAAUGCAUAUAUUUUAAUAAUUCAAUAUUUUAAUAAUAUUAAAGUGUUUGUUUUUGUAUAUUCAUUAGAAAAAUUAUACACUUGCUUGCUAUCAUACACAGAUAUACAUAUAUGCAAAAAUAUUAUUAUUAUUUUUUAUUAUAAUAAUAUUAGAAAACACAACAAUAUAUCUUUUAUAUACAUAGAAUUAUUUAAAAAAAAAAAAAAAAACCUGUAACAUGUAACAAAAAUAAAUAUUGUUGGUUUCUGUUUGUUUUUUAUUAUUAUAAUUAUCAUUAUAAUUUUUAUUAUCAACAAUAACUGUAAUGUCUUUGUAAUUUUAAGAUUUCAAUCAUUUCAUUAUGUUUGUUUUUCAUUAUUUCCUCUUUUUUCACAUUUCAUAUUUUAUUUUAAUUUAAGUACCAUUUUUAUAUAUAUUAAUUUUCCUCAAAACAAAAUAUUUUUUUCAAAUUCAUUUUUUUUUUUCAAUUCAUUCAUUUUUUAUCUCUCCCAAAAUUCAUUAUCUUUGCUUGCUGUAUUAGUAGUAUUUUACAAAAAAUGAAAAUGAAACAUGAAUUUAAUAAUGUAUACAAAAAUUGACUAUCCGAUUUAUACAUAUACACAUACAUAUAAAUAAAUUAAAUAUACGUAUUUUUAUGAUUU